UAAAAUGACGUUUUUUAAGUACUGUAAUAAGUGUUAAAGUGAAAUUUGGCGAAACUACGAAGAGUAAAGGAUUCACCCUUGAACCAAUUUCGGCAAAAUUAGCGACUCGGCGCCGAAAGUCGCCAAUGACUCACACCGGGGGAAUUAAUAAAACGGCCCGGAAUCGCUAAGGCCCCCCACAGUGCGCCCCCAAAAAUUAAUUACAACUUACGUUUUGACAUUUCACAUUUCGCAGCCCAAUAUCUCGAUUUCCACACUUUACUAAAUCUACAGUUGGAAUUUUCAAUCGCGAAACUUCUUUGCUCAGUUUUUGCGACACUUUUGCAUUAUUUUAUCACAAGAUAAGAGUUUUUUUUACAUUUUAACCGUCUGGCCGUCCACCUCUGACGUCUGUCAGAUGUCAAAAAAAAAGCGCCAAAGUGCGCAUGUGCCAAUCGUUCUGUCUCGCUCGGAUGAUUAUGUAACCAAUAAAUUAAUUGUUUUUUGCAAUUAUUUUCGCAAUUAGCGGCUGGUACGUCCAUAAUUUGGUAAAACCAGCGGGGGGAAUGCCCUAUUUGAUUUUUUGGGGGGGCUUUGUGGGAUUAGUGGGAGCCGCGGCCAGUGGUGCCAACGCAAAAAUUGUUUGCAUAAUUUACGCAAUUCCCACGAUUUUUUAUCAUCAUUUGGGCACAAUUACGCGGACGAUUGGUCACAAUAAAUCACGUUUUAUUUCUUGGAAGUUUUUCACCGAUUUCUUGUAUUUUUUUCAUUUAUUUCGGCUUGAAAAAAGUAAUUUUUGGAAAAUUCUUACUUUCCCCUUAAGAAACCCCAACUCCCUCCCUCCCGACAACAGGGAAACUUCUUUUUCUUGUUUAUUUUUAUGUCUGAGAUGGUCUUCCUACCUAGCGAUAAAAUUUCGCAAAAUUGAGUGUGAAACGUGCCGAAACGAUGGCUCUAGCCGAUGACCAGCAAUUUUGUCUUAGAUGGAACAACUUUCAAGCGAAUAUUACAUCACAAUUCGAGGCUUUGAGGGACGAUGAAGACUUCACAGACGUCACGAUCGCCUGCGAGGGGCAGCGCAUGCAAGCACACAAAGUCGUGCUUUCGGCGUGCAGCCCCUUUUUCAAAGAACUCUUCAAAACGAAUCCCUGUUCACAUCCGAUUAUUUUCAUGCGUGAUGUGGAGGCCAGACACAUAGUGGCCCUGAUGGAGUUUAUGUAUGCCGGCGAGGUGAACGUGGCCCAGGCCCACCUCUCGGCGUUCCUUAAGACAGCAGAGUCGCUAAAAAUCCGGGGAUUAACCGACACUUCGGCCGAAAGCGAACAAAAAGACGAAGACACUCUUUAUCUCAACCCUCAGCCUUCCAAACCCGGCAAACACAAAGUUUCCUCCUCAAGCACUGUAACUUCUAGUCAGGACGUUUCAAACACGAGUGUUUCAAGCCCCCCGUCAAAGAGACAAUGCAAGUCUGAGCCGGAAGUUCCACGGGUGAAGAUCAAAGAAGACGCUAUUAACCCGUUCGCCCUGCAGGAACCCCGCAACCAGGACCUGGUGCAGCCCAAGAUGGAGCUUCCGGACUACCUGAGCGAUGACGACGGUCGCGAGUCGCAUUUCUACGCUGGCGACGUUACCGAGCUUCCAGGUGGCAUGGAGAUCAUCCCCCAAGUGGCGGGCUUCGUCAAGGAGCAGCCCCAGGAGUCCGCUCCAGCCCCCUUGAGACUGCGGCGGCGCCGCUCGUCCGACCACUGGCCUCCCGAGGAGCGAGUGCGCGACAAAGGGAGAAAUAGACUGAUCAAACUAGGUGAAGGGAUUGAAAUCUACGAGGAUCAAUUACGUAGCGUCAAAUGGAACGACUACAGGAAGUUGACUAGAGGUCUUGCGACGAUUUUGUUUAGUCCGGCCGAGUUGGCCACGUGUUCGGUCACUGGUCAGAGGUGGAGUAGGGCCGGGAGUGGCGAGAGGCCAGUGAAGCCGGCCUUAGACCGCUCCAAAGUCCAGGCGAUUAUUUCUUACGUGGCCACGAGGUUCCCCAUGGUUGAGAUUAGCCGAAUCAAGCAAGUUUUGGCCUACAAGUGCAAGGAAAACUCGACGGCUUUUAAAAUGAAAGCGGUGCGCUAUUACGAGGAUCAGCAUCAGAAGUGAAUAUCUCUAGAUUAGGGAAACAAUAUCAUGUGUCAAAAAAUAUUUCCAGUGUUUAUCUCUCCAAGUGUGUAUAUUUAGUUAUUUGUUAUCAGGUUUUGUUUUUUAUUUAUUUAUUGGAUAAUAAAGUAUUGAAUUUAA